AUGGAUUUAUUCGAUAGCCAAUAUUUUAAAAUAAACAAACGCGUUUUGAUGAUUUGCGGAUUAUGGCCUUAUCAAUCAAUAUUAGGAAGAAGAAUCGCAUUUGCAAUGUUAGCAAACAGCAUAUUUUUGUUCGUUUUCACACUUAUAGCUGGCGUUAUAUCACAAUCGCAAUUGGAUAUCAUAAAUACUGAAGACACUAUUAUUAUAACAUUUUUCUGUUUACUCGGUCUUCUCAAGUGCACGAUGUUUUAUAAUCAACAAAAUAAGAUAAAAAACUUAUAUGAAUGCAUAGCAACUGAUUGGAACAAAUUAACUGACAGCUCAGAACAUAACAUACUACGAUCAUUUUUAUUGGAUGGUAGAAAGAUCAACUUUAUUACCAUGGUGUUUUGUUCUUCUGCUUUCAUGAUAUAUUCUUGCAUCGAUUUUCUUCUGCGAAUAUUUAACAAGGAAUCAGAAUAUCAGCGACAGCACAGCUUUCCUUACUAUUUCAAACCUAUGGUGAUUUAUGAAAAAUUGUACGAUUGGCAAGUUGCCUUGCAUGUAACUGUUAUCGUAAUAUACUCUGGUUUAGCGUAUUUAUCAGCUAUUGUUACGUAUAUAUCCAGCGUUAAACACGUUUGUGCUCUAUACGAAAUCGCCAGACACCGGUUACAGAAUGCAAUAAUUGCAUGUGAUAAAAUCAAUCAUCCGCUACAAAAAUGUAUAGAGGACAUAUCGCUUAUUCCUAAAUUGAUCAAAGUCAUCGAAAUGCAUGAACAAGCUGUCAGAGGUAUACGGAUAAUUAAAAAAGUUUUCGGUGCUGAUUUCUUCGUUUUGACAGUUUUCUGUAUAAGUGCUCUUACAAUUGGCACGUUUGAAUUAAAUUUUUGCAGAGCAGAUAUUCAUUCUUUUAUACGAGUCUUACUAUUAAUGCCGAUUAUUAUGAUCUAUUUAUUUUAUGUGAAUUAUUCUGGAGAGCAAGUUAUACAAGCGUGCGACGAUAUGUAUACAACAGCAUAUAAUAUCGAUUGGUAUAAAACAUCUUCAAAGACACGAAUUUUCGUACUCAUGAUCAUGCGGCGCACUUUAAAAUCCGAAUAUUUAACAGCAGGAACCAUGAUAAUGAUUUUAUCAAUAAAAAACUUUGCGACGAUUAUAAAGACUGCUUGGUCGUUCGGAACGCUACUACUGACUACCCAAAAGCACAGAAAAAAUGAAGAUGCGAACUUCGUUGCAGAGAAUACUCUGAUAUGA